AAUAACGAUAUCAAUUAAUUAUUGUUGAUAACUUCCGCGAGUACGCCAAUGUGCAAGAAACUGGCGCGCAAGAGCAAAAGUUGUAUCGUCACGUUUACCCCUCGCGACGGCGACGUUUCGCCGCAAAUGCCACGUUGACUUUGUUAACCUAUCUCGGUGAAAAAUGAGUCUACCCACUGUGCGAGACUAUUGUAUGCUGGAAAAGAUAGGCGCCGGGAGCUACUCAACCGUGUAUAAAGCAUUUAGAAAGGACGGGAGUCAAGAGGUAGUCGCUAUAAAGUGCGUGGAUAAAGGCUCGCUCUCGAAAUCGGCAGUCGACAAUCUUGUGACGGAGAUCAAGCUGUUAAAUGUCCUCAAGCACGAGCAUAUCGUGGAGAUGAAAGAUUUUUUCUGGGACGAAGGGCAUAUAUACAUCGUCAUGGAAUACUGCGAUGGCGGAGACUUGUCGAACUUCAUAAAGAAAAAGCACAAGCUACCCGAAAGCACCUGUCGUAGAUUUCUGCAGCAACUCGCAUUAGCGUUAAAAUAUCUACGGGAUCAUAACGUCUGUCACAUGGAUCUCAAGCCGCAGAAUUUGCUGUUGAUGAGGAAACCCCAACUGGUACUCAAAGUUGGAGAUUUUGGUUUCGCACAGUACCUCUCGAACUCUGAACACAAAUUUACGAUACGAGGCUCACCUCUCUACAUGGCACCCGAAAUGCUAUUGAAACACAAGUAUGACGCUCGUGUCGAUCUAUGGAGCGUCGGAGUGAUCAUGUACGAAUGCCUUUUCGGGAAAGCUCCCUAUUCCAGUAGUAGUUUUCAAGAACUAGCAGAAAAAAUCAAGGACAGCCGACCAAUAGAGAUGCCGAAGGCGGCUCAUGUGUCGGCGACGUGUAAGGAUUUGCUUAUGGCUCUGUUGAAGCAUAAUCCCGCCAAUCGGAUAACGUACGAUGAAUUUUUCGCACACGAUUUUCUAGACCUGGAACACGCACCUACGAAAGAAAAUUAUGAGAAGGCAGCCGCAUUGGUACACAAAGCCGUUGAAAUGGAUACCGAGAAGAAUGCAAAAGAGGCAUUUUAUCUUUACUGCGAGGCGCUUAGAUAUUUCAUUCCGAUAUUGACAGACGAAAGUGAUAUAAAACGAAAGGAGGUAUUACGACAUCGCAUCAGCGAUUAUAUAAGGAGAGCAGAAACACUUAAAGUGGCAUUUAUGCCUCAAGAUGAAAACAUCGGGAAGCGCCCGGCGCCUGAAAAUAAAGGGAACGCUUCGUCCUUGCAAAGGAUACCAUCCUUAGAAAAAAGCUCGGCAUUCACCUAUAACGAAUUACGGGUUCUCAGUAAAAGUACUACAAAUAUGGUGGAUGCACUUGAAAUAGGAGAAGUUGCUGAGCAAUAUCUCGCUGAGGGUAACUAUGCUCUGACUCUAGAAAAAUUUCAGUCUUGUCUAAGUGUACUUGUACCUCUGCUGGGUAAGGAACCGGCAGGCCGAAGAAGGGAUUUGCUGCAUAAGCAGGUACAAAUUUGGAUGAAGGAAGCCGAAAGUACCAAAGGGUUGUUGGCUACCAAGGAUAUAGAUUCUUUGCAUCGAACAUCCGACGAACAAUGUGUAUUACAAUAAUAGAUGUUUAUAUAACUGAUUAUUGUAGAAUAAUUAUUUUAGCUGUCAAUAUUCUCC